CGAUUUAGUAAUGACAUGUUGAAAUAUCGCCGAAUGUGCAAUAGAACAUUUCUGCAGUUGCUGACCGGAAAGUUGAACUACUCGCAAAGUGUGCAGACGAAGAUCGUGGAGCUGCCGCUGGGUAAGGUGAAGGGCAAGCAUCAGGCUGGCAUCGCUGGCCAGGCUUACUACAGCUUUGAGGGCAUACCCUUUGGCAAACCGCCCAUUGGACAGUUGCGCUUCCAGCCAACACAGCCGGCUGAACCCUGGUGUGGCAAGAUACUAGACUGUCUGAAGGAGCGUGAUCGACCUGUGCAGGUUAACAAGGCCACUGGCAAGAUAAUGGGCAGUGAGGAUUGUCUGCACUUAAAUGUGUACACCAAGCAUUUUGGCAAGCCAAGGCUGCCUGUCCUGGUUUAUAUCCAUGGCGGUGGCUUUUGCACGGGCGGCGCUACCAGAAUCAAAUACGGUCCCGACUAUUUAAUGCGAGAGGAUUUUGUCUAUGUGCAGUUUAGCUAUCGCCUGUGUGCGUUGGGUUUCCUUAGUCUAAGUUGUGCCGAACUGGGCGUGCUUGGCAACGCGGGCUUGCAUGAUCAGCUGCUGGCGUUGCGUUGGAUACAGAAAUACGUAUCCUAUUUUAAUGGAGAUCCUGAGAAUGUUACACUCAUGGGCACAAGUGCAGGUGCUGGCUCGGUGCACUUUAUGAUGUGCCUGCCGGAGGCUUGUGGUCUAUUUCACCGAGCUAUCAUUAUGUCAGGCUCCAUGUUGAGUCCGUGGGUUCAGGUGCCGGAUACGAGUACAUUAUUUUGCCGUCUCGCUCGUCAGAAGGGCUAUAAUGGCCUGUUGGCUGAGGCGCCUAUCUUGGAGUAUCUAUGCUCGCUACCCGCUGGGGAGGUGGUUCAGCACAAUCUGUUUGGCGCAAGGCAAUACAUUUUCGGACACCUGUAUCCGUUUGUGCCUGGACUGGAGCACCACACCACAAACAAGUCGGACGAAGGGCUGCUAAAGCGUCCGUUCCUGGAACUGAUGCGUAAUGCCUGGUCGAAGCGGGUUCCGUUGCUGAUAGGUGCCAAUUCGUUCGAGGGCUUGGUCAUGUAUCCCUACUGCACGUUAAACAAUGGUUUGAUGAUGGAUCUGCUCAAGCUGGAGCCGGACUUGGUACUGCCCUACGAUUUGUAUGAGCGGCUCUCGAAGAAAGAACGUGAAGAACGCGCCUUGGAGUUGAUUCACUUUCAUUUUGGACCGCGGAACAUUGAUAAAAACGAUGUGAUGCAGGUUCUAGACCUCUUCAGCUAUAAGCUAUUCUGGCAUGGCAUUCACCGUGCUGUGCUCUCCCGUUUGGCCUAUGCCCAGGCUCCCACCUAUGUCUACCGUUUUGACUUUGACUCGCCCGAUUAUAACUUAAUGCGCAUCAAGCUGUGCGGGAACGACAUCAAGCAGGGAGUUUGCCAUGCCGAUGAGUUGGGCUACAUAUUCCCCAGGAGGCGCGCUCUGAUGCGGCCCUUGAAUACAGCUGAAUGUGGGACCAUAGGCCGCAUGGUUGGAAUAUUGACGACGUUUGCACGCACGGGGAAUCCCAACUGUGCAGAAACGGGGGAUCAUCAGUGGAUGCCGGUGGAUAAAAAGGAUCCGUUUAAAGCCAUGAAUAUUGGACGGGAGGUCGAGUUUCAGUCUCUGUUGGAAAAGAAUGGUCUGAAAGUGUGGAAUAAGCUUUACGAUAAUGACAAUCGCUUAUUGUUUGAGGGAUAUCUACGGAUCGGUGAAAAGGAAGGAAUUUAUAGAUACUUGACGAUCGUAUAUGUUGUGUUGUUGUCUGCUCUCAGAAUGAACAAAAACUUCGGCUUUGUGGAGCGUAUUCGCUGGCGCUUAAAAACCAUCGAGCAUAAAAUCCAACAAUAUCGCCAGACCACAAACGAAUCGGUCAUUGCCGACACCGAAUAUGGCAAAGUGCGGGGCGUUAAGCGCUUCUCCAUCUACGAUGUGCCCUACUUCAGCUUCGAGGGCAUACCCUAUGCUCAGCCACCCGUUGGUCAGUUGCGUUUUCGGGCGCCACAGCGACCCACGCCCUGGGAGGGUGUCCGGGAUUGCACUCAGGCCAAGGAUAAAGCGGUGCAGGUGCAGUUUAUCUAUGACAGGAUGGAAGGCAGUGAGGAUUGCCUCUACCUUAAUGUCUAUACGAAUAAUGUGAGUCCAACCAAGCCACGUCCUGUCAUGGUCUGGAUACAUGGCGGUGGUUUUAUCAUAGGCGAGGCCAAUCGUGAGCUCUACGGUCCGGACUAUUUUAUCAAGGAGGAUGUUGUACUGGUGACAAUACAAUAUCGCUUGGGUGCUCUAGGCUUUCUCAGCUUAAAGACACCCGGCUUGAAUGUGCCCGGCAAUGCUGGUCUCAAGGAUCAGGUGAUGGCACUCAAAUGGAUCAAGAACAAUUGUGCUCGCUUCGGUGGUGAUCCGGAUUGCAUUACGGUUUUUGGUGAGAGUGCGGGUGCUGCCUCCACCCAUUACAUGAUGCUGACGGAGCAGACACAGGGCCUUUUUCACCGGGGCAUCUUGCAGUCCGGCAGCGCCAUUGCGCCCUGGGCCUUCACUGAGGAUAUUACGGGGCGUGCUUACACCAUUGCCAAGCUGGCGGGCUACAAAGGCGAGAACAAUGAAAAGGAUGUGUUGCAGUUUUUGCAAACUGUGAAGGCCAGAGAUCUGCUAAGAUUGGAGGACAAAGUGCUGACGCCCGAGGAGCAUGCAAAAAAGGUGAUGUUCCCCUUUGGACCCACCCUGGAGCCAUAUGCGACGCCCGAAUGUGUUGUGCCAAAGCAUCCACGUGAAAUGAUGAAGACCGCUUGGAGUAACUCGAUACCUAUGAUGAUAGGCUAUACCUCAUAUGAGGGACUGCUGUGGGUGCCAGGUAAGUGCCUUCCGAUGCCUUGAUAUAGUUCUAUUUAACACCGCGUCCUUGCAGAAAUCAAGCAGAUGCCACAGGUGGUGCAGCAACUGGAUACAGGCACUGUAUUCGUGCCACGUGAGCUUGCGGAAAUCAACAGCGAGAAGGUCGAAGGAUGGGGCAAGAUGAUACGCAGUGCUCAUGUGACGGAUGAUAAGGCAACGCCGGAUAAUUAUUUGGAUCUGUGCACCAUGGUCUACUUUGGGUUCCCUGCUCUGAGAGUGGUUCGUUCUCGACUUGCCUAUGCGGCUGGUUCGCCUGUUUAUUUCUAUCGCUAUGAUUUCGAUUCGGAUGAGCUGUUGAACCCAUUUGUAAUCAUGCGCUUGGGGCGUGGCGUGAAGGGCGUCAGUCAUGCGGAUGAUUUGACAUAUCAGUUCACCUCUCUCCUGUCGCGUCGCCUUCCCAAGGAUAGUCGCGAAUAUCGCAAUAUUGAGCGCACGGUGGGCAUUUGGACGCAGUUUGCGGCAAGCGGUAAUCCACACAGCUCCAAGAUCAAUGGCAUGGACAUGAUCACCUGGGACCCAGUGCGCAAGAGUGACGAGAGCAUCAACUGCUUGAAUAUUAGCGAUGAGCUGAAAUUUAUGGAGUUGCCCGAGUGGUCUAAAAUAAGGAUCUGGGAGAGUCUAUUCGACAAUAAUAGGGACCUGCUUUAUUGAAUGUAAAAUUUUAAAUCAUUUCCGAUUCUGAAUUUGUACAAAAGUCUAACUAUCUUAAAUGAAUUUUAUUAAAUUAUUUUUA